AUGUAUUCUCCGCUCUGUCUGACGCAGGACGAGUUCCAUCCGUUCAUCGAGGCGCUCCUGCCGCACGUCCGCGCCUUCGCCUACACCUGGUUCAACCUUCAGGCGCGUAAACGGAAGUACUUCAAGAAGCACGAGAAGCGCAUGUCGAAGGAGGAGGAGCGCGCCGUGAAGGACGAGCUCCUCGGGGAGAAGCCGGAGGUGAAGCAGAAGUGGGCCUCGCGCCUCCUCGCCAAACUGCGCAAAGACAUUCGGCCCGAGUUCAGGGAGGACUUUGUUCUGACGGUGACGGGGAAGAAGGCGCCGUGCUGCGUCCUCUCCAACCCCGACCAGAAGGGCAAGAUGAGGCGCAUCGACUGUCUGCGGCAGGCCGACAAGGUGUGGCGCCUGGACCUGGUCAUGGUCAUCCUCUUCAAGGGGAUCCCUCUGGAGAGCACAGACGGAGAGCGUUUGGUGAAGAGCCCGCAGUGCGCCAACCCCGCGCUCUGCGUCCAGCCGCACCACAUUGGCGUCUCCGUCAAGGAGCUGGACCUGUACCUGGCCUACUUCGUACACGCAGUAAACGCCUCACGGUGCGUUCAGGGUCUCUCCGGGAAACCAGACACUGGUGAGACCGACUAUACUGCAGAGGAGGGGAGAGAGGAGAGGGGGGAGGAGAGGGGAGAGAGGGAGAGGAGAGGAGAGAGAGGGAGAGGAGAGGGGAGAGAGGGGGGGAGGAGAGGAGAGAGGAGAGGAGAGGGGGAGAUAGGAGAGAGGAGAGGAGGAGAGAGGAGAGAGGAGAGGAGGAGAGAGGAGAGGAGGAGAGAGGAGAGAGGAGAGGAGGAGAGAGGAGAGGAGGAGAGAGGAGAGAGGAGAGGGGGGGGGAGGAGAGAGGAGAGGAGGAGAGAGGAGGAGAGAGGAGAGGGGGGGGAGGAGAGAGGAGAGGAGGAGAGAGGAGUGAAAAGGAGCGAGAAAUAG